AUGGAAAAUAAAGAAUAUAUAGUAAAAACUAUUAUUCAUGCAGGAACCAAAAUGAUUAAUUUUGUACCGGGGACUAAAGUGCAUAUAUUUACAUUAAUAUUCUAAUUAAGCACAAAUUAAUAAUUAUAAUUGGAAUCACAUUUUAAUUUUUAGGUAAUUUUCCAUUUUAAAACAAUGACAUGUGAUCCAGAAAAAACAGUAAUAGAUGAUAGUAAAACAAUGGGAAAUCCAAUGGAGCUUGUUUUAGGAAAAAAGUUCAAACUAGAAGUAUGGGAAGUUAUUGUACAAAAAAUGGCAUUGAAUGAAGUAGCUUGCUUUAGGGUUGACAAAAGUCUAGUUACAUCAUAUCCUUUUGUGUCUAAAACCUUGAGAGAAGUUGGAAAGCCACAAUCAGAAAAGCGUAGUCAUCAUUGUUGUGGUGUCACUUUACAAAAUGAUGGCAUUGGAUAUAAUGAUUUGAAUGAACUUAUCAAAUAUCCUCAAGAUCUAGAAUUUACAAUCGAACUUAUUAAAGUAAUAUUACCUGAUGAAUAUGAAAAGGAGUCAUGGCAAAUGACUGAAGAUGAAAAGUUGAAAAGUAUACCAGACACAAAAGAAAAAGGAAAUGUAUUAUUUAAAGAGAAAGAUUAUAAUGGCGCAUGUGAAAUGUAUGCCAAAGGCAUUGGAAUAUUGGAACAACUUAUGCUUGCUGAAAAACCAAAUGAAGAAGAAUGGUUAGCUCUAAAUCAUUUGAAAACUCCAUUACUUUUAAAUUACGCACAAUGUAAAUUAAUUCAAAAGGAAUAUUAUGCAGUUAUUGAACAUUGUACCACAGUUCUGAAACACGAUCCAGAUAAUAUAAAAGCAUUAUAUAAAAGAGGUAAAGCAUACAUAGGUGCUUGGGAUGAAGAAAAAGCUAUUAAAGAUUUAACAAAAGCUGCUGAAUUAGACCCUACAUUACAAAAUACUGUUGAAAAAGAAUUGCAAGUAUUUUCUGCAGCUAUUAAACAAAAAGAUCAAAUAGAAAAGAAGAAAUUAUCGAAGCUAUUUAAAUAAAUAAAUAUAUAUUUAAUUAGAUCAAUUAUACAAAUUACAUAUAUGUAUGUAUUUUAUUAGAAGGAAUAUAUCUGUAUAAAAAUAUUGUAUUAUGUAUAAAAAUAUUGUACAAACAGGUAAUAUACUUUUGAAGUUUUAAAAUUUUAGUUCAUCAAUUGUAUUUUUAUAUAUUUUAGUAGAAAAAAAUUUCAUAAUUCGUAUUAUUUAUGAUCAUAAAAUUUAUUCUGUACUAAAUAAUCAGUGUAUGAUAAAACCAAAAUGAUGAACAUUAUUUAUCAUUUAUAUUUAAGAUAAAUUACGAAUAAUUUAUUAUAACUUGAUUUAACCUAAACCAUGUGAGACUUUUAGGUCUUGACAACUAUGCUCUUGUCAGGAAAACCGAAACUUGCCUAUAUCCCUUCAAUUCGCUUUUUUUUCGUCAUUAUGCACAAUGACAAAAUGGGUGAAAGUCUAGACUGACUACUCCCUUACUAAUUUCGGUGAUUUUUGAAUAUAUUGUGAAGGUAGUUUGAAUAAUUUCUUCUUCUAAUGAGUACGUUGGACUUUGUUGAAAAAAAGGUCGUUUGGGAUAUCGAUUUCUAAAUGAUAAAGAUCGUUGAAAUCAAUGAAAAAGUGAUUAAUCUGCAAGUUCACCGGCAAUCAGAAUGGAGAAAAAUACGAACGAGCAAUGUUUCAAACUCAUAAAAUCUUAUUACUAACAUAUAUCAUUAGUCACUCAUAUUUCGUAUUAUUUUCAUUAAUAAUAUAUAACAUAUUUCAUUAAUAAUAUAUAAACGAUUUCGGCCGUUGAAAAUGCAACUCAGUGAGUUCGUCUUAAUAGAUAACGUAUUGUAAAAAAGAAAAUAUGUAUGGUAUCGUUUAAAAAAAUAAAUUGGAUUUUGAAAUUUCGAAAUGGAUGAAUUUUGCAAGAAAUAAUUUAUGACACAUAAUGUGCUUCUUUAUUGUAAAUAAUAUUUGCAGAAAUAUUUUAUUGAUAAAUUAAAAUUUUCAUAAAAUCGAGUUUACGGAAUAAAGAUAAUUCAUUCAGGUUGUGAAUUUACACAUUUGUAAAUAAAAAGACGUCAUAGUUAAUUAUGUUGUUCAUAAAAAUAUUAUAUUUCAAUCAAUCUUUUCUAAUACUUUUAAAUAGGUGUUAAUAGUCAAAUAUGUACUAAAUUUUUCAUUCUAAUUUCCAUUAGUCACUGUUUUAAAUUCGCUGUUUAUAUUCCUUCAUUGAUGAGGUAUCAUUCAAUUCAAUAAAUAAUUCUCGAAACAGAUCUGGCAACAUUGUUCAUAUUUUUUUAAUUUUAAUUUUUACUACUAGUAGUGUUGCGGUUGUGAAAUCGGUACAACAGGAUGUGACACGAAAAUGAUAGGAUUCUGA